GGCCGAUAGCUGGGCCAAGUACUGGUGGUUUAAAUGCAAGAGAUGCAAGUGGUCAUUCGAGUCCACAAUCCACGUCUGGCUCCCGUGGCCGUUAUCAAGACGAAUAUGGAUUCUGGACUAGACAUUGAACCCGGAGGCCAGAAGCAAUACCAACAUCUCCUAACGGUAGGGGCGAUAGAGGAGGGAGGAUCCAGAGGAGCAGGAGGAGCAGCAGCAGGAGGAGGAGGAGGAGGAGGAGGAGGAGGAAGAGGAGGAGGAAGGAGAGGUGGAGCAGGAAGAGGAUGGAGGCGGAGGAGGAGGGAGAGGAGGAGCAGGAAGAGGAGACGAGAGGGGGGGCAGCAGGAGGAGGGAGGAGAGGAGCAGCAGGAACAGGAGGAGGGGGAAGUAGAUGAGGACGAAGAGGAGGACAGAGAGGAGUACAGUGAGGAGGAAGGAGGAGGAGGAGCAAUAAAAGGAGGGGCAGGAGGAGCAGCAUGGAAUGGAAAGAGCAGGAGGUGGAGGAAGAAGAGGAGAAAGAGGAGGAAGGAGAGGGAAGCAAGUGAAACAGGAGUAGCAGGAGGAGAAGGAGAGGAGGAGCAGGACAAGGAGCACGGGAGGAGGAGGAUGAGCCAAACGACAAACAGGAAGGAGCAGAGGAACAGAAGCCAGGACAGGAUGAGUGGCAACAGCAGCCAGAAGGAAAAGAGGAAAGAGGGAGGCAAAGGAGGGCGCGACGGAUGGGCUGUGCGAGAGGUUCUACAAAGAAGCAUGGAGCAUGGACUUAGACCUGCUCAGACCCCUACAUAGUCAUAGACAGACAGUUGUUUUUUUUUGAAUUUUUCUUUUUUCUUGGACCAUUUCUCGAUUUAUGCGUGUCCUCCUUGGCCCGUGCUAACCUUC